AGAAGAUAACUGUUAUUAAGAUUUCUUUUUAAAUGAGCACGAAUAAGCGUCGGAAAACGUCAUCGAAACGUGUAGAGCAGAAAAAUGUGCACAAGCAUACGGCUAAUGAAUGUUUUUAUUAUCACACUUUGGACACACUUCCACCAGAAGUUUUAGAAAUAGUAUUACGUUUAUUACCUCUACAUGAUGUAGCUACUUCAGUUCGUUUAGUGUCCAGACGUUGUUCGAACGUCGCUACGAUAGUUUUGAAUGCUGCAUUUAUUUUGGCUGGUACAAAACUUGAAAAUGCAAUGAAACAUACAGAAACAAUGAUAAUGAAAGUUAAGACAAGUGCUGACCUACUAACCUUCAGCAGAGUAUUCAAUAUUCUAGAAAUAGUCAUGGCACAAUACAAGAUGCUCAGAGCUGUAACUUGGAGAUAUACGCAUCCUUCAAAACCAGAGAAAUUUUCACGAUUUUGCUUUUAUGCUGGUGGUCUACUUGAUAAUUUAAAUAAUCUGCUUCAUCGUGCUGUAAAUUGUCCUGUUUCUUUAUAUAGGUCUCAUGGACCAGAUCCUAGAAUUGCUUGUUUUAUAUCCGAUUGCAAGCGCUUUAUGAACUAUUUUGAAAAAGUUUCUGAAAGCAAAGUGAAUAGAUAUAAAUAUACAAUACUUCCAUUUCCAAAUGUAAUUCUUUUGUUCUAUGAAAAAAAAAAAAAGAUAAAAAACUUACAAGGUAAUUUUAUAAUUAGAUCCGCUUUGGUGUCUGGAUGUAAAGCCAUAGAUGUUCUAGAUUGUCUUGCAGAAGGACGUAAGGUUUUAUCAUUCGAUAUAUUGUCUAAUGAAGGGAUCAAAAAUGACAUCAUUAGUAUGAAGCUAAAAUAUGAAAUGAAACGAGCUUGGUUCACUUGUCUAAAAAUUCCAAAUAUACUUGAUGAAAAUUCAUGGAAAGACCAGCAACGUUUUAUGUACCUUAGGCUACGUCGUUUAGUUGUCAGUGUCAAUGAACAUUAUUAUGAAAAUUUGCAAUAUGAGCGAGAAGUACUUCUUCAGGAACCAUCGAUACCACCUCCAAGAAUGCCUCCAGUAUCCACAUAUUCUGGUUAUGGAGAGUAUGGUGGACAAUUUUUUUAUUAUGGAAACAUGAAUAAGUAUGCUUACGAGAGCAAAUUCAAAUCCUUGCCAGUAACCGACCACGAAAAUGCGCAAAAUAAUACUGAAGAAAUUCAGAAAAAAUCUUGCUUCAAUCUUGUCAUAGCUGUAGAAUUGAAAUGUUCACCAGAACUGGCACCUUUUGCUGUAAGAACUUUAUUACGGUCCAAUGAAUUAGAUAUAUAUACAAAAACUCCUAAUCAUUCAGAGCUUUAUUUAAAACUCGAUAUUAUGUGUCCUGCUUCAAUGGCUAAUAGAUUACCAGGACAUUUUACUUGGGAGCUUAAUAGUUCUCGUCAUGUGCACCAUUCUUCUUAGUAUAUUACAAGUAUAUUUUUUCUUUAUUAUAUUAUCAUAAUAUAAAAAAUAAGAAAAUUAUAUGCUUGUUAUAUAACUGAGAUAAACUUUCGAUAAGCAAAAAUUAUUUAAAGAAUUAUUAUAUUAUUUUUAUA